AUGCUUUGUUCCUCUUUCCCACCACUUUUCUUCUUCCUCCUCCUCCCCUCUGUACUUUCAUUCCCUCUCUUCCCCUCCGACAACCUCACCCUCUACGGUGACGCCUUCUUCUCUCACAAAGCCAUCACUCUCACCACUCACCAAGCCUCCUGCUCCUCCUCCUCCAUCGGCAGAGCCUUCUUCAUCUACCCCCUCCGUUUUCUUGACCCCCAAACCAACUCCACCGCCUCCUUCAUCUCCCGCUUCUCCUUCUCCAUCCUCUCCUCUCCCUCCUGCCCCUCAGGCGAAGGCCUCGCCUUCCUCAUUGCCUCUUCCACCCACUUCCCCGCCCUCUCCAUGGGCCUCCCCCAACCCUCCCCCAACUCAACCUCCUUCUUCGCCGUCGAGUUCGACACUACCUUCGACCCCUCCCUCGGCGACAUCAACGACAACCACGUGGCCCUCGACGUCAACAGCGCCUCCUCCUUCGCGUCCGUCGACACCUUCUCCCGCGGCAUUGACCUCAAGAGUGGCAAACUCAUCACUGCAUGGGUGGAGUACCGUCAUGCAAUCAAGAUGGUAAGUGUAUGGCUCGCUUAUUCCUCCACCAGACCUUCCACUCCCAUUCUUGUUUCUCAAAUAGACCUCUCCGAGAGACUUCAAGACUUCAUGCACGUUGGUUUCACGGCCUCCAAUGGGAAGGGGUCAAGUGAUUACCUUGUUCAUCAUUGGCAAUUCACGACUUUCGGCCAUGACUCUCGCUCCAUGGACGUGAUCGAUGAAGGUGACUGUUUCUUGUGUUACGAAGGGGAUUCUACGGAUUUCGGUCAUGGUUCGAACAUGAGGGUGAAUGAGAGGAAGAAAAAGAUUAAGGAGAUGGCUCUUGGGUUGGGAGGGUUGACGGCGUUUAUGGUGUCGGUUUUGGCGGCGAUGAUUGUGGUGUGUGUUUUCUUGACAAGGAAGAAAGGAGUUGUUAGGAAGAAUAUGGAGCAAAGGCAAAGUUGUGGGUCUCAGACGAGUAAAGUUCCGACUAGGUUGUCACUAUCGGAGAUUAAGUCUGCGACAAUGGGGUUUAAUCGUGACAGGCUUGUUGGGGAGGGUGCCUCUGCCAAGGUUUAUAAAGGGUAUCUUCCCUUCGGAGGGGAUGUGGCAGUGAAGAGAUUUCAGAGGCAAAAGGAUUUGAAUUGUUUGCACAACCCUUUUGCCACCGAGUUUGCCACCAUGGUGGGUUGCCUGCGGCACAAGAAUUUGGUUCAGCUUAAGGGGUGGUGCUGUGAGGGAAAAGAGUUGGUCCUGGUUUACGAGUUUCUUCCCAAUGGGAGCCUGAAUAAGGUUCUGCACAGGAACUUCAAUUCUUCCAUUGUUCUAUCGUGGAGGCAAAGGGAGAAUAUCGUUCUUGGGGUUGCUGCUGCUCUGACCUAUCUUCAUGAAGAGUGUGAGAGGCAGAUCAUUCACAGGGAUGUGAAGAGCUGCAACAUAAUGCUGGAUGCAGAUUUCAAUGCAAAGCUUGGGGAUUUUGGGCUUGCGGAAGUGUAUGAGCACAGUUGUAGCAGGAGGGAGGCUACAAUACCAGCAGGGACAAUGGGGUAUCUUGCUCCUGAGUAUGUUUAUUCUGGUGUUCCUACUGUGAAGAGUGAUGUGUACAGCUUUGGGGUGGUGGUGUUGGAAGUGGGAAGUGGGAGGAAGCCUGUGGAAGAUGAUGGCAGUGUGGUGGUAGACUAUGUGUGGAGCUUGUGGGAAAAGGGGAAACUGAUUGAGGGUGCUGAUCCAAGAUUGAUGGGGAAAUUUGAUGCAGUAGAUAUGGAAAGGAUGCUAUUGGUGGGGCUUCUAUGUGUGCAUCCUGAUCAUGAGAAGAGGCCAACAGUAAGAGAAGCAGCAAGAAUGCUUAACAAGGAAGCACCACUUCCUGUUUUGCCUCCCGUUAAACCAAGGCUCAGAAUUAGGCCUAUUUCUCCUCAAACACACCAUGUUCUUGGAGAUUGCCUCAGCACAGAUGAGCCUCCUUAUUUCACCCCCAGAAGCCACUUUUACUAG